AUGAGUAGUAUAUGCAAAACACGUUUAACUGAUGAUGACAUUAUGGAAUCAUCACGUUAUACAUAACAAGUCAAAGCUUUAAAUACUGUGCAAGUUCCGUGUUUCAUUGCCCAGGUUUAGAAGAAACAAUAUAACGCAAGCUAAAAUAAGGUGUUGGAUAAAAUCAAGAAAUUUGAUGUGUGCCUAAAACGAUGCUUAUCAAGUAAGCAGGACAAUCUGCAAGUUAUAAAAUUCCAAGAGAAUGUUAAUACUGUUGAUAAUUGAAACAGCGUCUGCCAUUUGGUCAUUUUAAAUUCUUUUUUUUCCCUCAGAUUUUUCACCAGCCUGGAUUACAUUGACAGUUAUAAUAAACGUCAUAAGAUAAAACUGAAUUAAUUGUUAUGAAAUAACUAAGUAAAGUAUAAUUGUUAUAGAAAAUAGCUGUCAAAACUCGGUUGCCAUGGUAACGUCAAGACGACUAGAAAAUAUUCUUAGUUAAAUUUUUGGAAACUUCGCUCAAUUUGGCGGUCAUAGCUGGAACGCUUUUAAAAUUUACGUUUUGCGAGACCUCAAAAGCCCUCGUCCGGUCUGAAUAGGGUUAACAGGGUUAAUUCUGUUGUCAUCUAGGUGUACUUGUAUUUCACCAGGUUUACCCGAGAGCCAGAGCCUAACAAAUUUGCUAGAACAAGAUCCUGGCCAACUGACCUUAGAAUCAUGUCAAGAGAAUGAUGAUCAAACCUUAAACCAGGCAGCAGAAGAGGAAAGAUUUUCAAGUGAAAGAACAGGUAAUGACAUUUGUUUUUAAAACCUUUGUUCUUCUUGGGAGACCUCAAAAGUUCUUUUCCGGUCUGAAAAGGGUUAACAUGAUUAAUUCUGUUGCUAUUUGGGUGUGCUUGUAUUUCACCAGGUUUACCAGAGAGCCAGAGCCUGACAAAUUUGCAAGAACAAGAUCCUGGCCAACUGACCUUAGAACCAUAUCAAGAAAAUGAUGUCCAAACCUUAAGUAGAGCAGCAGAAGAGGCAAGAUUUUCAAGUGAAAGAGCAGGUAACGAAAUUUGUUUUUAAAACAUUUUUUCUGUUUAAACAUAGUUAAUAGCUUCAUGUUUUGCAACGAAAGGUCCAAUGCAAUAAAUAUGAUAGCACUGUUCAACAAAUAGUUCUCAACACCUUUAAUUGACGAGUGUGUUCUACAACUCUCUUUGGAUGACUGUACAUUUCACGAAUCACCCAAGUGUCUUAGCCAUCAAGAAGAGCGCGCUCAAGAUCGACUUUUCAUUCGACCCGGUCAGUAUAUCUCGUGUUUGCUGAAUCUCUUGCUAAUUUGAACACUAUGAAAUCUACAUCUGCUGGUCCAGGUGGAUUAUGACCAAAAUUGUCCAGCCCCUGUUAUUGCUGAACCACAAAAGUCAUCAUCGCCUCCGGUCUGAAAAAGGUUAACAUGGUUAAUUCUGGUGAAAGAAUUAAAGAUGGUAAUUUUUUAAACUCGGUGACACAAAUGGGAAAAUGAAAUGAUCAGCAUGCCACGAGCGUGAGACAAAAAAAAAAUCUGAGUCCCCGACAGGAUUCGAACCUAUCACCUCCCAAACACCGGGCGGGCGCUCUAUCCACUUGAGCUACAAAGAACUCGUGGAGAGCGAGGCCAAACACCUGUUUCAAUAAAGGUUGCUUCUCCGUAGCUCAAGUGGAUAGAGCGCCCAUCCGCCGUUUGGGAGGUCAUAGGUUCGAGUCCUGUCGGGGUAUCAGAUUUUUUCUUUGUCCCACGCUUGUGACAUGCUGAUCAUUUCAUUUUCACAUGUUUGAUUCUGUUGCCAUCUGCGUGUUCUUGUAUUUCAGCAGCUUUACCCGAGAGCCAGAGCCUAACAAAUUUGCUAGAACAAGAUCCUGGCCAACUGACUUUAGAAUCAUGUCAAGAAAAUGAUGAUCAAACCUUAAACCAGGCAGCAGAAGAGGAAAGAUUUUCAAGUGAAAGAACAGGUAAUGACAUUUGUUUUUAAAACAUUUGUUCCUCUUGGGAGACCUCAAAAGUCCUUGUCUGGUCUGAAAAGGGUUAACAUGAUAAAUUCUCUUGCUAUUUGGGUGUGCUUGUAUUUCACCAGGUUUACCAGAGAGCCAGAGCCUGACAAAUUUGCAAGAACAAGAUCCUGGCCAACUGACCUUAGAACCAUAUCAAGAAAAUGAUGUUCAAACCUUAAAUAGAGCAGCAGAAGAGGCAAGAUUUUCAAGUGAAAGAACAGGUAACGAAAUUUGUUUUUAAAACAUUUGUUCUGUUUAAGCAUAGUUAAUAGCUUCAUGUUUUGCAACGAAAGGUCCAAUGCAAUAAAUAUGAUAGCACUGUUCAACAAAUAGUUCUCAACACCUUUAAUUGACGAGUGUGUUCUACAACUCUCUUUGAAUGACUGUACAUUUCACGAAUCACCCAAGUGUCUUAGCCAUCAAGAAGAGCGCGCUCAAGAUCGACUUUUCAUUCGACCCGGUCAGUAUAUCUCGUGUUUGCUGAAUCUCUUGCUAAUUUGAACAGUAUGAAAUCUUCUGGCCCAGAUGGAUUAUCGCCAAAAUUGCUUAAGCUUUCAGCCCCUGUUAUUCUUACAAAGCUAUUUAAUCAGUGUAUCACCCCAUGUGUGUGGCCUAGUUAAUGGAAACUUUCUAAUGUGACAACUGUCUACAAGAAAGAGGAUGAAACACUUAAGUCCAAUUAUUGCCCCAACAGCGUCCUUUCAAUCAUUCCCUAAGGUCUUCGAACAGCUGAAAAUUGACCAUUUGUAUCGGCAUGCAUUUCUCACCUCUAUUCUCGAAAAAUAUGUCUGGUUUUCUUCGCGGCCAUUCAUGUUGUACUGCCUUGUUCAAACUAACGGAAGACUGGCGCCAAGCCCUAGACUUGAAAAAGGAUGUAGUCGUGAUUGCAACUGAUUUCUCAAAAGCAUUUGACUCAAUAUGCCAUAAUCUAAUAACUGCUAAGUUACGAGCAUAUGGCUGUCAGGAGUCUGUCAUUAGGCCAAGAGAUAAAGAGCUAGCUCAUUCUCUCUUGAUUAGGCUCAUUCAUGCAGUUGUAUUUCACUGGCCUUUUCCAAAGAAUGAAAUGUAAUGGGAGUUCUUCUGAGUGGCUACCUGUUCGGUGUGGAGUUCCUCAAGGCAGCCUGUUAGCCCCCCUUUUUUCAAUAUUUUCAUUAAUGAUGUUAAUUCUACAGUUAGUUGGCACUUUGUCUAUACGCAGAUGGCACAACCCAAAGUGUCCAUAACGUGUCUCCUGUUGUUCGUGAAUCUUCCUUGAAUCAUAAUGUUAAUAUAAAACUGACUCAACGAUUCUCCGUUAACCAUCUUCAAGUCAAUGCAGCUGAGACUCAAGCAAUGACUCUAGGCAAAUCCCAGAUCACAUACCGCUUAUUAGUGGAGGAGCAGAUCACUGGCAUUGAGGCUACUCUUAAAAUUCUUGGCGUCAGUUUGGACAAGGACCUGUCUUAUGUGCCUCUUGUGGACAUUAUGCUAAAAACGCUUAAUAUGCUAAAAUUGCGGCUUUGCGUAAAAUAAAGCGAUUAGUUCCUUCAAAUAUGAUGAUCACCUUAUACAAAGGCCAGGUGCUACCGAACUUUGAAUACUAUUCUCCCCUGCUUCUGAGGAUUUGGCGAACAUUGAUCAACAAAUUAUAACGUGCCAAUCAUUAUGCAUUAGGAUCUGUUCUAAAUUCAGGGAACUCGGUCACUUAAGAUGCCUAGCUGUCUAUCUAUCGCAUGAUGCAAUGACCUCACUUGAGCAAAGACUACAAAAGACUCUAGAUCAAAUAUAAAGACCAAGACUGUUUCAAAUCAUUAACAACUAGACUUGUCUGUCGCUACUGAUUUUAUAAUUUAGGUGCUGACGGAAUCAGAGACGCUGUUUUUGAUGUCUUUGUUUUGAUCUCAGGGAAACACACAUUGAUCGGCGCGCAAAAUUGCUCGAUCGUGUAGAAUCACUGCGAAGUUCAGAAAAACAGAACCAAGUAUUACAGGUUUACGACUCCACUGUAAGCAGUCCGUGAAUAAAACUCGCUGUUUUCCAAAACUAUGCUUGAACAAAUUAAAAACAUUUCAAAAACAUGGCAUUUACAGAAUCUUACUCAUAUUGGUGCCUCUCAAAGUCCGUUGGGAAUAAGCUGGACCAGCAAACGGUCGUGUUAAUCGUUACCGUGAAUCAAGAUAAAAUACAAGAAGGAAUAUUGCCGAAUUCUCUAACGUUUCUUUUGCCAGAAGAUUAGUUCGGUCAUGAAACUCAUGGCCAUGCUGUUGUAAUCGUUUAAACACCAAAUCAGCCGCCACCAACUCGAUAGCCGUUUCAUUAUAUGUUCGCAUACUUUGAGCACGGAAAAAAAUUCAAGAGCCAGCCCCCUUUAAAACAACUCAGCAAAAAGGUUUUGUGAAGUAUAAGGAAAGUUCCAGUUAAGAUUCCAUCACUCAUCGUGGAGUAGCCACAAUUCUUCCAGUAGAACGGCCGCUGAUAAGAGGACACUGUAAGUCCAUGUAGAAAAAAUUCCAAGAGCAAAAAAUUCCCAAAAUAAAGCAAAAAAUGUCUUCUGUAAUCACCAUAGGACGAUACAAAACUUCGCUAACUAUCAAACGAUGGCUGAGAUUUAAACAGAUAAAAACAGCCUUUCAUAAUCUCUGACAGAACUUGAAAAAGUUGUGCCACCUUUCUCAACUUUGUUUGCACUGGCUCGCGCAUGCGCCACCGGUGACACAGCUCUAUAAAGAGGUGUCCCCCUAAAGAAUACAUAAGAAACUAGCCACCUUAAAGUCUUUUUCCUUCAGUGCGCUUGCCGGCAAAAGAGUACAAGGAGAUAAAUUACGUUUGCGUGGAGAAGCUCCACGUUGGUACCAGUUCUGCGCUUAUGUUGCCUUCUUUCUUGAUCUCUAAAGCGCAAAAAAAGCUAAUAAAACGAUUAAAACUUGCACUAGCUAAAACUACGAUGCGAAUAGCAGUUCAAGAACACUUAUUGAUACCCAACUACAUUCUAAAGCGGAAAUGUCAUACGCGAUGAAGUAAAAAAGAAGAUACUUUUAGCCAUUUCCUUCUUUGUCUCAGAUUUUUUGUUUUGUUUCUAAUAGUACCGAGUGAAAUCAUAGCUCGAGGACCCGAGGCGAAACGUGCUUAUGAAAAUGCUUUGAAGAAUGGAAAGGUAAAGGUAUAUCGUGGUCGAAUCAUGCUCAUCGGCCAAGAUCGAGCGGGGAAGACGAGUUUAAAAAAACAUCUCCUUGGCCUGCCAUUUGACCCAGAUGAAGAGAGUACAGACGGGGUAGAAGUUGACCCAUCAAUAUUUGAAUAUGACGUCGAUCAGGCCACGAAUUGGACGAUCAGCAGUCAAAAGCCCGAUGUCUCUCAUUUUGUCAACAAGCUUGCAAAGAUAGUUGCAGCAGAACUUCAGGAACAGAAAAUCAACGCGAACCAUGAAGGACAAGAUCUAGAGAAUAGGGUUAGCAAAAUGUCCUUACAAUCACCCCGCAAAAACUAGUUUAGCUUAUUAACGUAGUUCGCAUUGGCCUCUGUUGUUCAAUCUUUGGAUAGCACUAUCAACUGGAUUGAUCAAUAUCCAGUUAAAUAAGUAUUAGGUUAAGCAAUUGCGUCAUUCUCUGGCGAAUUAUCCAGUGAAUAGCUUAAUCCACCUUUAUUUGAACUACUGGGGCCUGUUUACUAAGCGUCUACCCUAAAACAAUGGAAGUAAGAAGCCUGAUCUAUAAAACUUCACACUUGAAGGAUACUCACUCCAUCAAUAACUGCUCGCUUAUUUUGCCAAAAUUUCCGAAAUUAACAAUACCAAUAUGCUGGCAAACGCUGUCAAAAAAACCCUAAAAUUAUCUAUCACAUUUGACUAAUGAACAGUGAUACAGUAGGGUCUAGAUAGUAGUAUAGGGCACACCGUUGAGGCCGUUUUUUGCAGUGGAAAUAGAAUACGUUAACGCCGAUGAUGUCAUCACCUUUUUUCUUUAUCUCAUGAUUGUAAUCAGUAUUUUUACUACUUAACUGUCGUCGGGUGGUAUUUUAGGUUGUUUAUUAUAACCGGUUGAAGAGUUUCAGGUUCUUAACUAUUUUUUCAUAGAUGAUUGGUUAUUUCUUUUUUUCAAGGAAGGAGUACGUAUUAAACCUAGAAUCACUAGACGGUAACAUAACUGUGCAAGUUUUAAUUCAUGCAAAUGACAUUCUGCCGGUUCCUUUCACUGCAUUUACGUCUGUGCUAUAGGAAAGUAGCUCUUUUAACAACUAACAUGAUAGUUUUGCCAAAUGUUUUAUUUACCCUUUUCCACUUCCUAGUAAUUCUUUCUUCAUAUAUUUAGAAUAUUUCCAUACAAACAAAGAAGCAAGACACCGAAGGAGCUGGAUUUCAUUCUCACAUACCUAAAAAUUUGGAAAAUGUGAUUGAAGAACCUACGAAUGGCAUACCCGACGUGAAUAUCGAAGGAGCCUCUCCUCCAGAAGACGUAACAGAAAUAAUGACAACAGAACCGACAAUUCCCGUACCCAAUUUGAAGAUUGAUCCAGCCCGUCCCCCAGAAGACUUCACAGAAAUACUUGUUCAGCAUUUAAAGGGAUUAAAUCUGAAAAAAGAUGCGAAAGAAACCAAACAUCACACGACGCUAGAUCUAUGGGACUUUGCAGGGCAACGUCUUUAUUAUGCUUCAUAUCCUGUGUUUUUGACGAAAAGAGCAAUUUAUCUGUUGGUCUACAAUUUGAACAAGCCACUUGAAGAGGAGGCACAACCCUCUUUUAAACAAGGAGGUCGCGAAGUACCUCUAAGAAACGCAUAUUCUGAGACAAAUUUAGACAACCUCAUGUCAUGGCUUGCUUCAGUAAGUACUAUGUGUUCAAAACAAAAUAACGCUGAUACAAAGAAAGAGAGGGAGCUCGAAUACCUGCGUCCUCCGGUAUUCAUUGUAGGAACGCAUGCUGAUGAACCAUAUAAAAGUAAUAUCAAGGACAUUGAAUCACAGAUCCAAAAAGCGAUUUCAGGAAAAAGCUUUGCAAAGCAAGUGAUUCGUCCUUUCUUUGCAAUUUCUAACAAGUCAGGUUCAGACGAAAAGCAGCUCGUCGAUCUCAAAGACAAAAUAAUGGAGGUGCUAAAGCAGGAGCCGUACAUGGGAGAGGAGUUGCCUCUUCGGUAAGUUUUGCCAUAAAACAUUACUCUAAAGCAGUUUCAUCCUGUGUUAUAAUGUGAAAGUUUUGAGUACUUUUUCUUCUUGGAUGAUCUUGAACGUUACAACCAGUUUGAAAAAUAUUGAGCCGACUUGGACGAGAAACCGCCUUUUUACAUCAAAUGGCUGCUAGUCUCACAUCUCUGAGAUAUACACUUAUGUCCAGAAAUGUACGCAGUGGCGAAAAUGUUGAAUCUGGCGAUUUUGGCUGACGAAAAUGUAAAUGACAUUACAAAAGGUAUUCUUGUUAAGUAGAAACGUUGAUGAAAGUGGCGAAUCUGACAAAUAUUAGGUUUGGAUGCCAAAUGUGAUCCCUUGAAGAUAAGCGAUUAUGACAAAAAUGGCAUGAAUAGUGAAAACCAGCCAGCAACGACAAAAAAGGGGAGUCUGGCAAAAAAAAAAUUGCUGGAAGGUUACGAAGGGCUAUUUUGACGAAAACAAAACAUUUUGUUAAGGCAUAAUGUUAUUUAUGUCGAUACAAUAUACCUUUUUGGUCUACAAGGUUGGUCUUCCGACUCCAUCAAUGUAGCCUCUCUUUCAAGAGCCAAUCUUUUACUUCGUUCUAACGGAGUGUUCGUAAAAAGGAGCAAGCAUUCCCGCAUUCGCUCCCUCUUGCUUUCACCAUCAGUGGUUACAUCUCUUCGGAAAAAAGUUUUCCCCUUACUCCCAUCCCUCUUUGUUAUGAGUCGGGAGAUCUUCUAUGCCACGCAAUUUCCGUUAGAAUCGCCAGUUUUCAAGAGGCCCCUUUGGAAACGUGAUUAGAAUUUUCGUUAAACCUUUGGCCAAUUAUUGCCAAAUCGCCAUUUCCAUCAUGUUCGUCAUUUCGUCAAAUUCGGGGGCCCUUUGGACAUGUUAUUAGAAUUCUCUUUAAACCAGUUAGGCAAUCUUUCUUCAAAUCACCAUUUUCGCAAAAUUUGUCAGACUGGCCAAUUCUUGAAGUAGCCUGCGACCAAUUUGAAUCCUGCCUCCAAUUCACCUGUGGCUCCUCUUCAACUAAGCUGUCAGAUUUCCGCCUAUCAGCGGGAAGCGGAAACGAUCGCGAAUGUAAACAAGCAUUGAAAACCACUGCGUAAAGAGUGAUGACGUCAUUAUUAAUGUCAUAUGCACCAAUCAGUAUUUCGCGUCGGCUUUUCCGAUGCAGACAUUAAAAUUCCAGAGACUUAAUUGCAAGCUCUCCUUCCUUUUCGCGUCCCGCCGCUAGAGCGCCCCGGAGAGCUUGCUCGCAGGCUACUUUUCAAGGGGACAAGUAGUAAGAAUAUUCGUUUAAUCUUAUCGCCUCUUUUCGAGGCCCCAGCCAACCCCCCCCCCCCCCUUGGAAUUUGUAGUUAAAUUUUCCUUUAACGCCAAUUUCACCAUGUUCGCCAUUUUCUGUCAAAAUCGUCACUUUAAAAAAGGCCUCUUUGAACAUUCUUGAAUUUUCGCCAAACCUUUACCCGUGCUCGUUCUACUGCCCCUGUCUCUUGUUUACGCUUCAUCCUAUUUAAAAAACUUUUUAAGACAUGUGCACCUUUUAAAAUUUAUCUACGGUAAUGACCUUCAUGAUGUGUGUUAUAUUGUUUCAAUUUCAUUCAGAAGGCCGUUUAAUUUGAAGCUAAACCUAACCGACGGACAAGUCAAAAUGACGUUAUUACGACUAAAAAAUAACCUCAGCUUAGAUAUUUUUGACGCUCUUACCCUUCUUACCUUUUUCUGUCAUAACUUCGUUUAUUCUGCAGAUGGUUUAAUUUUGAGAAGGUGAUUAAACACUUGGUUGCAGCGAACAUGCAUUACAUGGACCUAAAUGAUCUACGAACCUAUGUUCGGAACUUUUGCUUCAUCGAAGACGAGAAGGAGAUGGAUACCAUGCUGGAUUUUUAUCAUGACCUUGGCAACAUUGUCAAACACCAAAACACAGUUAUACUGCAACCACAAUGGCUGAUUGACAUUUUCAGGCAACUUAUAACCAUCCGUCAUUUCAACGAUAUGGUAAUUAAAAAGUAAAACUUUUCGGAUAAGUGAUUAUUUCCGUGGUAUUUAUUACUAUGAAUAAUUUAUGGUUACGUUGGGUUACAUUAAAGUUAUGCAACAUCGCAGAAAUUCGCUACCACACAGCUUAUUCGCCACAGGCUUACGGGGUAAGGGGGACGAGAUCCCUCAAAAAACGCUCUAUUCUUUGGGAAGCAGCACUUAAGACAAGACUAAAAAACAAAAAGAAAGUCAAAACAAAGAGUACUGAAACCACGACAGUCGUUUUCAAAUGUCAAUCUAAAUGCGCACAUGUCAAAUCUAGAUGCGUCCAUGGUGUCGAUACCUGCACGUUAUUCACUCUUCAUUCCAGUACCUUCAUUGAUUCUUUUUCGUGGCGUCCAUUGUGAGCUGGGAAACUGAGAUCUCUAUAUCUCUAUAAAUUUUUGAUAAAGUGAUAAGUUCAAUACUGGAAACUUAUCUUCGUAACACUACGCGACAGAGUAGAUUGUAUAGCCUCACUGACGUCCACAUUGAGCACUCUUAUGAAACAUUGUGAACUGAACGGACGACGCCACGAGAGGAAUGAACUUUCAAAGGGAGUUUCUCAUUUACCAGAUCAAAUAGACUAGUUAUUAACCGUAGAGACUGUGCGAAGUUUCACUGAAAAUAACUUGAAUUCCUACUGUUUCAUUAUUAAGCGUGAGAAUUGUAAACGUUUUUGUUUUGUUAUACGAUGUAAGUACUUUUGUAUCCCGUUUACAACACCAAAGCGUUAGUGCAUUGUGUAAUUUCUUCGAGCAAAGUCGCCGACGCUGCUUCGACCAAGCCGAAGUCCGAACCAUGAGCUUACUUAAGGUCAUUUAAAGGAACAAUAUUUCAAUCAGCAGACAAAAGGUGCUUUUAAUUCAUAUUUUGAGGAUGCGCGCGAUUGGGGAGCUUUUUAAAUUUAAGAACACCACGUCUGUAUUUUUUUUGUUGGUAACAUAUUCGUUCCCUUUUCACAGAAAUCCAAACAUUCCCACCUGUGGGAAAGAAUGGAGAAAACAGGUGUUCUUUCAAUGGAAAUCGUCGAUCACGUGUUUUCCAAAUUUUGUCUGCAAAGUUUUGCCAAAGAAAACAUCUUACACUUGAUGGAACAGUUUGGUUUGAUUGCUAAGUAUGCAUUUCCUAUACAUGAUGUGAAGUACUUUGUUCCAGCGCAACUACGUUUACCAACUGGAAAAUGCCAUUUGAAACCGGAGCUGGCAGACCCAUGCCCGUUAUAUCUUCAGUUUCCAUCUGGAUUUGUUCCACACGGGCUUUUUACGCAACUUGUAUCGCGUUGUAUGACAUGGUGUUCCAACAUUGAAUUCAAGGAAGAGCCCUGCCUCUUUGAUGGGGUAGCCAACUUUACAAUGCUGUCAAAGGAUUUCCGCCACCGGCUAAUCUGUGUUAGAAUGAAAAGCUUCAUCAAGUUUCUCCUACGUCCUUUUAAAACACCGCAGGGUCAAGGGCCUCCACUGACAGAAAUUGAAGAAAUGACUGCUCUCGUGUGGAGAUUUCUAAAACAGACUAUGACUUCUUUGUUGGAUGAGUGGCCCUACUUGACCAGUUUGGAAUAUCAUUGGUGCGUCGCAUGUACCGACUGCUCCGGAGAGGACAGCAUUUGUGAUAGCCACGGCAAAGUGGCAUGUAGGCACGAUGAUUGUUUGUGCCUUCUCAAAAUUCUGCAAGACGGGCAAAUCGAUAUCUGCCGAAAGAGCUUCGAGAAUAAAACUAAAAAUGUUCCAGGACUGGAAAAAUGGUUUCCAAUCAAAGGUGAGGACAACCUUUCUGUAACCACCUGAAAUUACUUUCAUUUCCCCAAAACCCUCGGAUAUUGCUCUUUAAGAUCGUCUUCACCAUGAAUAACUUGCUUUGGUGAUAUAAAACUGCUCCCCUAAAAGCAAGUACAUUACUACCAUAUAUGGGGCUAUACAGGCAUAUCCCGCUGUAAAGGGUAUGGUUUUCAAGCAGUUUACUUUGCGAUUGGGUAUACAAAUCAGAGACUCUGGGUCUAGAGUAGGGUGUCAUUUUCCAGGAAACUGAUCAAUUGGUUGAAGAUUUUAGUUUAGACUAGGGAAACCGGUAAUUGCCACUCCAAAAUAUAAAAUAUCAAAUCGCAAGUUUAAAUCGACACGACUCAGCCUAAAAGCUACUCUAGGAUAGGGGGGAUUUGGGAAGUUUAGUGUAGUAUAGGGAAGCGGAGUUCGUCUGAACUAGCUCUGGUAUUGGCUAAGGGUUCCAGGGUCCCAGCGGCACAUCCCCACCCAGAAAUUCCUUAAGUACUCCCCCCCCCCCCCCCCAACAAAAAAAAAAAACAAAACCACCAAAAACCCAACACAAUAAAAAAAAACAUUAGUCAACACACCAUCAGCAAAAAAUCUGCUUGAGGGGAGUGGGGGUUUGGGAAGUUUAGUGGAGGUAGGGGGAGCGGGGUUCCUCUGAAACAGCCUGGGUUUUGGGUAAGGGUUCCAGGGCCCCCCCGGCCCCCCCCCCCCCAAAAAUUUCUUAAAUCCCCCCCCCCCCCCCCGCAAAAAAAAAGAAAAUAGAGACGCCCAAAAUGUCGCAAUAUUUUAAUAAUGAUGUUCGCCAUCGGUCCAUCAGUAAACAACACUCCAACAUAUAAUGAUAACCAAAUCGAAUUUGGAUGUGAGUCUGUACCACAAGGAACAUAUACUCGAUUCUUGGUCAAUGGUUUACCUAGGUAUCGGGUCCUUUUUGCUGUAGCACUGUCUUGGUUUAACAAAAGCAGUUACAACAGAUUGAGAGAGUCGCACCCUCGUCCUCCUUCAAAGUCCAGAUACAAAGACGGACGUGUGAUUUAAGUUGUUAAGUUGCAAUUGUAGGGGAAACACUUGUAAUGUCGUAUUCAAGAGUGAAAUUUUCCUGCUUUUGUCGGAAGACAAAUUUUAUUAAACUUGCUAAAAAAAAUCCCACCACAAGUUAUUCUUUUAGGUUAUGUUACCCUAUCGAGGAAAAUCUACAAUGAAAAACAUUGCUACCGAUUUGUGGCCUGUUUACACAACAUCGGCGUGUAAGGAAAAGGGCACAAGAUUAUAUGGCAAUCUUAAAGCAUGAACCGCGGUCCAAAACCAAUCAGCAACCAGGAAACGUGUCCUGCUUUGCUCCCCGUUUUGGAACAUCAAUUUUAUGAACAUUCUUUUUCUUUUUUUUACUUAGCCGUUCGCCCAGGUCACCACCCUGAAACAGACUUUGUCUACAAAAUGACUGCUCUUCCAAGAGGGAUUGCACUGAUAAUUAAUAACAAGAUGUUUGCAGAUAAUACUGAACAUGGCAGACAAGCACCACGCCACGGCUCAGAGGAAGAUGUCCAUCAAGUUAAAGAAAUGUUCAGCGCUCUGGGAUUUGAAGUACACGUUAGUCAGAAUCGGACCAAAAAAGAGAUGUUGGACGAGGUAGAUUUUUUUGCGUACGGAAAGGACCACAGUGACUACGAUUGUUUCGUGCUCUGGCUCAUGAGUCAUGGAAGGAGUGGCGAAGUGUUUGGCUCUGAUGGUGUUCCGUUGCCAAUCCAGACAAUAAAAGAUAUGCUUUCCAACGCCAGCUGUGCAACACUAAGGGGAAAACCAAAGCUCCUUUUUGUCCAAGCAUGCAGAGGGGAUAAAGAGGACGAAGGGGUUAACCUCGUGACUAACGCAUGUGGUUCGCCCUCUGUUCAAAUGCCUUCUCCCUCUCCUGAUUCGCCCAUUGAUCAAACGAAAAGUCCCUCUCCGGAGAGGAUAGCUGGCGAAACAGAUUUCCUGACUGCGUACUCAACAGUUGAGGGAUACGUGUCAUAUAGAUAUCCCAACCUAGGAAGUAAUUUUGUUCGCGUACUUGUGAAAGUUUUCCGAGAGCAUGUUGCUCACGACCACCUCGUUAACCUCCUGACCAAAGUAAUCAAAAGAGUCAGCGAAAAGGAAUCAACAGAAAAUGCCCGCAAAUUUAAACAAGCACCUCAAUUUGAAACCACCCUUGUUAAAGAACUUUGGUUUUAA